AUGAGUAGCAUUGAAGAUGUAAAUGCCAUGACUUGGGAGAGAUUUAAAGAGUUAUUGCGUAAUAAAUAUUUUGCAGCCUCAGUUCAAGCCAUGAAGAUGAAUGAAUUUAUACAGCUAAGACAAGGAGAGAUGAUAGUAGGAGAGUAUAUUCGUAAGUUUGAACAACUAUUUUGGUUUGCUACCCACAUGGUUAAUACUGGUACACUAAAGGAAGAAAGAUUUCUUGAGGGGCUAAGACCAGAACUAUAUAGAGCUAUAAGCAUGGCAAAAAUCCAAGAUGUUUUAUAUUCUCAAAUUGCGGAGAGAGCAUUAGUUGCAGAACAAGCCGAACAAAGAAUUAGUCGUGGUCAAGAGCCUCGACGACAAUUCAGGCUAGAUCCAGGAAAAGUCUUAUCAGCACAACCAUCUUGCGCCAGAUGUGGUGGACAUCAUACUGGAGCAUGUUAUGUUUGUGGAAAGGUAGGACAUCUUGCUAGAGCAUGUCCAGGUAGUCCAAAUCCUAUGGAGCAGAAAAAGGUACCAACCAUGGUGUUUACUAUCACAAGAUCAGAUGUCGAGGCAAAACCAUUAGUUGUAAUAGGUAAAUUCUCUAUUUUUGGCAUCCCAGCACUUGUACUAUUUGAUUUUGGAGCUAUGCAUUCAUUUAGGUCUACUGAAUAUGUGAGGAGGUUGGGUAGGACACCUGAUAUACAAGAGGUCAGUUAUAGUGUAACUAUUCCAUCUGGAGAUGUACAACUAACCAAUCUGAUUGUAAGAGCAUGUGUGAUCCUUAUAGAAAAUCGAGAGCUCUGUGCGGAUUUAAUUGUGUUGGAUAUGAGAGAUUAUGAUAUAAUUUUGGGUAUGGAUUAG